CUUUUUCUUUCUUUUUUCCCCCCACUCGUCGCUCCUGCUUUUCCUCAGCUCUCUUUCCCGGGUUCGAUCCCCGCUUCCUUCUUAAGGGCGCGCUCUCCCUCUGAACCCCUCGCCGGGCGCAAGUGUCAGGAGGCGGCGGACGUGGAGAUUGCCUCGGGAGCAGGCGAUGCGCGCCGCUGCUCUGCGCGCUGCCCGGGGGAGGCUGCCCAGAUCCGGCGAGCCGGCCGGGGCUGAAUGGAAGGAAGGGGCGCCUCGAUUCCAUGGGGUCUGCUGCUCCCUUGAAAGGAGGUUGGGCCGGUGAAGUGGCCUCCCCAGUACCCACACACAAUGCUGAAUGGAUUUACCUAGUGGAUGCGCGUUGGAUGGCUGUCAUGUAGAAGUGAGGACCCUCCGGGAGGAGCUUUAAACAAUUUCCCCGCUCCCCACCCCCCGGCACGCACUCUCGCCCGAAACUCUUUGGGAGUAUCUCUCGAGAACCUGGAGCCCUGGAAAUCUGGGAGCAGCCGCCCGCUCCGCGCUUGCUGUUCCCCGGGGCUGCCUUUCCGGACAAGCCCCCAUCAGCUGCAUCCGCCUCGGCUAUGUUUCGGAUUCUUUGGGGUGCAAGGCACGGCGGACCCCAGGAUCCCAAGAAGACUGUCCGAAGGAGGGAGAGGAUGGGUGUCCUGGCGCGGUGAGCUGGUUGGCCCCGCAGCCCACCCUGAGCCGCCCGCUCCCCGGCGUCCUCUCCCCUUCCCGCGCCCCAAACUUUGCCUCCCGCGGCGGCGGCCCCCGGGGGGGCGCCCCGCCAUGUACCAGAGGAUGCUCCGGUGCACCGCCGAGCUGGGCUCGCCCGGGGGCGGCGGCGGGGGCGGCGGCGCAGGGGGGCGCCUGGCCCUGCUCUGGAUAGUCCCGCUCACCCUCAGCGGCCUCCUAGGAGUGGCGUGGGGGGCGUCCAGUUUGGGAGCGCACCACAUCCACCAUUUCCAUGGCAGCAGCAAGCAUCACUCAGUGCCUAUUGCAAUCUACAGGUCACCGGCAUCCUUGCGAGGCGGACACGCUGGGACAACGUAUAUCUUUAGCAAAGGUGGUGGACAAAUCACAUAUAAGUGGCCUCCUAAUGACCGGCCAAGUACACGAGCAGACAGACUGGCCAUAGGGUUUAGCACUGUUCAGAAAGAAGCUGUAUUGGUGCGAGUGGAUAGUUCUUCUGGCCUGGGUGACUACCUAGAGCUGCAUAUACACCAAGGAAAAAUUGGAGUUAAGUUUAAUGUUGGGACAGAUGACAUCGCCAUUGAAGAGUCCAAUGCAAUCAUUAACGAUGGGAAAUACCAUGUAGUCCGUUUCACGAGAAGUGGCGGCAAUGCCACGUUACAGGUGGACAGCUGGCCAGUGAUCGAGCGCUACCCUGCAGGAAACAAUGAUAACGAGCGCCUGGCGAUUGCUAGACAGCGAAUUCCAUAUCGACUUGGUCGAGUAGUUGAUGAAUGGCUACUCGACAAAGGGCGUCAGCUCACAAUCUUCAAUAGCCAAGCAACCAUAAUAAUUGGCGGGAAAGAGCAGGGCCAGCCCUUCCAGGGCCAGCUCUCUGGGCUUUACUACAAUGGCUUGAAAGUUCUGAAUAUGGCGGCUGAAAAUGAUGCCAACAUCGCCAUAGUGGGAAAUGUGAGACUGGUUGGUGAAGUGCCUUCCUCUAUGACAACCGAAUCGACAGCCACUGCCAUGCAGUCAGAGAUGUCCACAUCCAUCAUGGAGACCACCACAACCCUGGCUACUAGCACAGCCAGAAGAGGAAAGCCCCCUACGAAAGAACCCAUCAGCCAGACCACAGAUGACAUCCUUGUGGCCUCAGCUGAGUGUCCCAGUGAUGACGAGGACAUUGACCCCUGUGAGCCAAGCUCAGGUGGGUUAGCACAGCUGAAUGAUCCAGCUCUUCUAGCCAUUACUUAUAAACUGGUUUACUGUCUCUCCCUUUCUCUGGGGACACUCCCCCGACAACAGGAUGGCUGGCGACGGGAGGGGAAGAGAGAAAAGAAAUAG